AUGCCACUUAAUCAGGUACUGACGCUGAUACAGCAAAAUGCGAGGAUUCUGACAAAUGUUGAGUUGAUGUAUUCAAGAAAGGAUCCUCUAGGGCGCGAUAUCUGUGUGUAUUUAAGCAACGAUGGAAUCCGCCUUAUGUUUCAUCCUGUAACUCAACUCCUGCGACUCAUCGAGGUGGAUAACCUAUCACAAAUCGUGCUUAAGUACAAGGAAAAGAUCUUCUCAGAGCCUGGCGCCGAAGUAAGCAUGGAUAAAGUCGAUGAGUUUUUCGGUUCGACGCAUCCUGGAGAUCGUGAGUCAAUGUUCACUUUCCUUAUUACAGCGUACGAUGACAAGCAAAAGAUUUGCGUGAAAAGCUGGCGAGGAUUGUCAUUCUGUUUUCCAACGGCGGAAAGUGCCAAUGUCGAAGUUACCCCUGGUUUUGGUCCAUUGCGUUCCUUGAAAUUCGACAGUGCGACACAACCACGACUCACGAAAAUGUCCAUUUUUAAAGGAACAGCUGUCGGGAAGAACGAGGAGGUUACAAUGCCUUUAUCUGGUUAUUGUGGGCAGAAUCGCACUUUAUUGGUUUCAUGCGCUCGGAGGAACGGAAGAAUUACUGGGGUGGAUGUGCUGUUUCAAACACAGAAUGGCAGAACAACCUCGCGAAUGAAUUGUGAGCUUGAACUGGUAAAGAUCACACGUACGAUUUCUUUUGGAGAUUCUGUAGCAAGAGUGUUGUCGGCUCUUGGCGCACCAUCAAAGGUGUUCUACAAAUCAGAAGACAAAAUGUCAAUUCAUCGGGGUGGAUAUAAAGAAACGCUUAGUCCACUACCGCAUUUCUUUUUCAACUACUUCUCUAUGGGAUUGCUUAUUUGCCUUACGGCUGGAGUUGAAAUGAAGAAAUUGGUUGAUGUUGUUCUUUUUCGUGCCAUGUGGACAGCAGAAGUUUUGUGA